UUUCAUGGAGCCUUUGAGCACUAACGUCACUGCUCUCUGUGUGACCAUUUGAGAGCAAAGGAGGUGGCCGCAGCCAUGGGGGACUCUCCAGCAAAUGUCAUGGAUGGAGGCAUGGACACACAGACUGAACUGGUGGAGAGGGUGGCAGCCAUAGAUGUGUCUGUUAUCCCAGACAGAAGUGACCAAAAUGGGGAAGACAACCCUGAAGAAAAUGACACAGUCUUUUCUGAUAACAUAAAGGACAUCCAAAGAAAUGGAGUCAGCAGUGACGUGGGAAUCAAUGAAUUUCUGCCUUCCCAACAGUCAGAAGAUGCUCACUUGAGGCAUGCUCCCAAGAGACAUCUAACCAGACCUGGUCUAUCAAGUAGGAAGUUGUCCCUUCAGGAAAGAUCAUCAGGAGCUUAUUUGGCUUCUAGCAGCACUCCAGGCUGUGGUCCUUAUGCCACAGGGCCAUCCCCACGCAUAAUCAGGAGACCAACGAUAGAGUCCAAUCGGGUCUCCAUAUCAGACUCUGAGGACUGUGUGCAAUUAAACCAGUACAAGCUGCAGAGUGAAAUAGGCAAGGGCUCCUACGGCGUGGUGAAGCUGGCCUACAACGAGAACGAUGACAAGUACUACGCUAUGAAAGUCCUCUCCAAAAAGAAGCUCUUGAAGCAGUAUGGAUUUCCACGUCGGCCUCCUCCCAGAGGGUCAAAAGCAUCCUCUGGAGAGCAGCCCAAGCCCAUGGCACCCCUGGACAGAGUCUAUCAGGAAAUAGCCAUCCUAAAGAAGCUGGACCACAUCAAUAUCGUUAAGCUGAUAGAGGUCCUUGAUGAUCCUGCAGAGGACAACUUGUACAUGGUGUUUGACCUCAUGAGGAAAGGGCCUGUCAUGGAGGUGCCCAGUGAGCAGCCCUUCAGCGAGGAGCAGGCUCGGCUCUACUUCCGAGACAUCGUCCUGGGCAUCGAGUACUUGCACUACCAGAAGAUCAUCCACAGGGACAUCAAGCCUUCCAACUUGCUCUUAGGAGAUGAUGGCCACGUCAAAAUUGCUGAUUUUGGUGUCAGCAAUCAGUUUGAAGGGAAUGAUGCCCAGCUUUCCAGCACAGCAGGGACACCAGCCUUCAUGGCACCUGAGGCCAUCUCACAGACUGGCAAAAGUUUCAGUGGAAAGGCCCUGGAUGUGUGGGCCAUGGGAAUCACCCUGUACUGCUUUGUUUAUGGGAAGUGCCCUUUUAUAGAUGAAUAUAUUCUGGGUCUUCAUAAUAGGAUCAAGACCAAGCCUGUAGAGUUCCCAGAAGAAGCACAGAUAAGUGACGAGCUCAAGGAGCUGAUACUGCGCAUGCUCGAUAAAAAUCCAGAAACAAGGAUAACAGUCCCUGAAAUAAAGGUGCACCCCUGGCUGAGCCGGGGCGGCGCGGAGCCGCUGCCGCUGGAGGAGGAGCACUGCUCCGUGGUGGAGGUCACCGAGGAGGAGGUCAAGAACUCUGUGAAGACCAUCCCCAGCCUGCCAGCUGUGAUCCUGGUGAAGGCCAUGCUGAGGAAACGCUCCUUUGGGAACCCCUUUGAGGUGCAGACGAGGAGGGAGGAGAGAUCCAUGUCUGCUCCAGGGAACCUGCUGAUAACACAGGGCAGCAGAGAAGCAGCCAGGGACCCGGAGCUGCCCGACGUGUGCGAGGACGAGGCCGCGGCCUGAGGGCGCGGCUGCCUGGGCUGGCCGCCCUCACCCCUCAUGGCCCUCACCGCCCAGCCCGGGCCCUGCAGAGUGGAACAAGCCAGGAAAGCCGGGCAGGAGGGCCUGGGCUGGCCGCCCUCACCCCUCAUGGCGCUCACCGCCCAGCCCGAGC